AUGUCGGAUGCGCUGUUGGCAUUGGUUCAAGGCCCAGCAUCAAACCAUCAAACCCGGUCGUGCGAAUCUCAAUCUGGAAUCACUUUUAUGUACUGCGUACUACGUAUGCUCGCCGCCCCGAUUUUCCAACGACAGAAUUGUGGUUUAUGUGGGCUUCUCGACACUGGUUCAUCUGCCGCCGCGCAGGAAGCCAAUACGAUGGACAAACGAUUUGCUUGCUUUUUCUUCACCUGUCUUGCGUCUCGUUUCUCCCCGAGGAUGGGCCCUUUGGCCCGUUCAUCGGUACAAUGUGCUGUACGGAUACUGGACGACGUGACCCGUUUAUCAGAAUUCGAGAGUCACCAGAGUCUUGCUGGUUGUAAAUUCGGAUCUUCUAUUCUAUGGCUUCCAUGCGACGUGGUCUGCGGCAGUGCAACUCCAACCAAGCAUUUCCUUCCCGUACCGCAUCCGUCUGCUAUUCUUGUUGAUAGUCGACAGAAGAUCGUUUCGGUGUCGCUCGCGCCCCGUUUCACACCCAUUCAGAUGAUCUAA